AACUCUUGAGAAAGAGAACAAUCAUUACCUUGAAGGAUACAAGAUAUCCUUACGACCUCUAGAAGCAACAUGGGUAGAGAAUGAUGAAGCUUCUAUAGUAGAAACUUCAGAAGGAACCUCAGACUGGGCAUCUUCAGGAUGCUCAGAUGAAGGAAUAUAUUUAGUACCCGAAGAAGCAGGGGAAGAAGUACCAUCACCAAGAAAGUUCUCUGAGACAACAGAAAUAAUUCUACCCCUAGAAUUAGUAAUCAUAACGCGACGAGAUAAAGGAACAUCACUUAAAGGAGUAAUUGAGCGAGAAGACAUAGUUAAUGAUAAGAAAAUAAAUUACUAA